CCGCCAGGCGCGGAGCUAUAAGGGCAGCGCGGAGCUGUAAGGAGGGCAGCGGAGAGUUGAGCGGAGCCAUGGGUAACCGUGUCACCCGCGAGGACUUCGAGUGGGUCUACACGGAGCAGCCCCAUACGCAGCGCAGGAAGGAGAUCCUGGCAAAGUAUCCAGAGAUCAAGACACUGAUGGGACCAGAUCUGCAUUUGAAGUGGAUUGUAUCUGGAAUGGUUUUUGUGCAGUUUCUAGCAUGCUACCUGGUGAAGGACUUAUCCUGGAAAUGGAUUUUCUUCUGGGCUUACGCUUUUGGGGGUUGCAUCAACCAUUCGCUGACCCUCGCCAUCCAUGACAUUUCACACAACGUUGCUUUUGGGAACAAGCAGACCAAGUGGAACCGAUGGUUUGCAGUCUUUGCCAACUUACCAGUAGGCGUCCCUUACUCUGCCUCCUUCAAGAAAUACCACAUUGACCAUCAUCGGUACCUGGGUGGGGACAGCCUGGAUGUGGACAUCCCCACAGACUUUGAAGGAUGGUUUUUCUGUACACCACUUCGGAAACUGCUUUGGCUUUUCCUCCAACCCCUGUUCUACAGUCUGAGACCACUGUAUGUGAACCCCAAGGCAAUUACACGCAUGGAAAUUUUUAACGCUCUUGUCCAGUUUUCUGUAGACCUCAUAAUUUACUACCUUUGGGGGCUCAGACCUAUUAUUUACUUGAUAGCAGGUACAAUCCUUUGCAUGGGUAUACAUCCCAUUUCUGGGCACUUCAUAGCAGAACACUACAUGUUCUUAAAAGGGUAUGAGACCUACUCUUAUUAUGGACCUCUGAACUUCCUCACUUUUAAUGUAGGCUACCACAUGGAGCACCAUGACUUCCCCAGCAUUCCUGGAUGCAGAUUGCCAAUGGUGAAGAGGAUUGCAGCAGAAUAUUACGAUAACCUCCCCUGUCACCUGUCCUGGACUCGAGUUUUGUGGGAUUUUGUUUUUGAUGACAGUAUUGGUCCUUAUUCAAGGGUUAAGAGACUAUGCAAGCUGGCAGAAGAAAGCUAAUGAACUAGCUGUGGCUGGUGCUGCAUUGGUGUUUGUUUGAAUGACUUUUCUGCAGUAGAAGGAUGAUGGUGUUUGCUGAAGUGGCACUGGUGUCUGCUCCUUAUGCUAUGAGGAUGAGUGUGAAAAUGAAGCAAUUAAGAUGCAUGUGUAUGUAACAUUGUGUAUGUAACCCUGUGAAACUAGAUGAGAGUGAGCUAUGGUUAUGCAACCCUUUGGUCUAGGUUUAGAAUUAACUUCCUGGGCCAUGUGCUCCCACGUCUGAAUGUUGGCCUGGUCUGCAAUGGAGAAUGCUUGGUGUGUGGACACUUGAAUGGUUGUGUGUCAUUUAGUACAGGUUUCUCUUCAUGCCAGAUUACAUGUAGAUACUCUGUGUGCAUACGACUGUGAAAGCAGGAGGGAUUAGCAUGCAGUAGUAAAUGAUACUGUCAGGAGAACACAAGGGUGCCUUUAGCUUUAAGUCUUGUUUUGUAUUGUGUUCUGUUUUAUAAUAUCUUCUGAUAAUGGAUGGUAGCUGAGAUUUUGUGUAUGUAAUGUGUAUAUUGUGUAUAUUUUUGUACCUUUGGAUCAUUAUUUUAGUAUCUGCUGUUUGACCUCUUUUCCAGUGCUCUGUGAAUCCUUUUCUGAAUCCAUUGAUAUUCUUAGCAUCUAAAAUUCAGUGUAGCUAAGUGGCAGAGCUGAACUGUGGCAUGAAUAAA